AUGAGCGGUAGCAUUGAGAAUAUAAACGAAUUGGCUGUUCCUUUCCACUUCAACAAGGAAACUGAUCAACUUACCAUAGUGUUGGAGGCUUAUAGAUCACAGAGGCGGGUUAAUGAUGGUCCAGAAUCAAAGCUUUCAAAGGAUCAACGAGAGUUUUAUUGGUUAAGCUUUGUAAAAGCUCUCAAGGGAAAGUUUACGAUCCUUCUCUUUGAUAACUUGAAGAAAACGCUCUUUGCUACUACUGAUCGUGAUGCACAUCUUCCUUUCUUUUGGGGAAUUGAUGUGAAAGGUGACCUUGUUCUUACCAUAGAUUCUGAAAUGGCUAAGCUGGGGUGUCAAAGAGCUUAUGGUUGUUUCCCAAGAGGUUGCUACAUAUCUACAGCAGAUGGACUUAAGGCUCUUGAUGAUAAAAACAAGGUCCUAUAUGUGGAAGAAGAUGUUGAUAGUGUAGGCCAUUCCUACAUGAAGGUUGUAUUUGAUGUUGACUCCAACUCCACAGGAGGACAUUGA